CUUGUAAAAAAAAUUCACAACGCUUUUGUAAUAGUUAAUACAAGAAAAUAAAUACUUGGUGCUGUAGUGAGUGUUUUAAAAUAUAACAAGUGUCAAUUACGAGUUUUCAAUUAUUGCAAUGGCCGAAAAAUUGGAAGAUCUCAACCUGCCAAAUGCGGCAAUUCUGCGUUUGAUAAAAGAGGCUCUGCCAGAAGGAGUUAAUGUCGGUAAAGACGCCAGAACUGCUUUGGGAAAAGCAGCCUCUGUUUUCGUUUUGUAUCUGACAGCAGCCGCUACUAAUAUUUCCAAAAAGAAGAACAAAAAGACUCUGGGGGGCUCCGAUGUACUGGAAGCCUUGGUCAGUAUCGAAUUUGACAACUUUGUGGAGCCUUUGAAGGAAUCUCUAGAAGCGUUCAGAAAUCAACAAAAAGAGAAAAAGGAAACUCAAGCGAAGAGAAAAUCAGAGACUCCAAAAGACUCUGAAGAUAAAGAUGAGGCGGAGGCGGAGGCAGUGGCUUCAGAUGAUGAUGAAGAAAUGGCAGAAGCACAGUAGUCACCAGUUGGAAUAUUCAUGAAUUGUGAUAACUGAGUUUUAUAUUUUAUAAGGUUUUUUGUUAUCGUUUGCAAAUUGUAAAUAAUCACACACUGUGUGUUUAAUUGUUAAUUCAGUUAGGUUAGGUU